GAACCCAAGCCCGUCGGCAGGGCAAGGUUGUCGAAACUCGAUAUCGGUGUCGAAGGUGUCACGGGCACGGCUACAUCAUAACCGGUUUGCUUGCACAGCCAUCAACCGACAGCCCUUCCGGUGUCAGCUCCGAGACACAUCUCGCCGACUCCGAUCGCCGAGACACAGCACUUUCAAAACUCAGUAGGAAUGGUCGAAUCAAGCGAUGAACUGUCUGAACCUAAGGACGAACCAAGGGAGCAGCCACUCAAAACCCAAGCAGAUUUGGUUAUUCGGAAAUUCGAACGACUGGACCUCUACAAUUUCGCCUCGCCAACUGAUACUCCUAUAGAUAUCUCUAUCGAACGAUUGAGGUCGAAACAAGAUCUCCUAACUCGUUUGUGCUCAAGCAUUCUACCUCAAAUCCAACAUCAAUGCGCCCGUCUGUCUAGAUUGUUGCAGGAGCCAACCCACUUGCAUAACAACCCGGCCUCAACGCUCAAGCUCAUCUGGGAGAUCCAACUCAACCUCGAGCUGACUUUGGGCCAAAUGAUCCAGACGCUCGAUGAAAUCUUUCCCGGAAGAGUCCCCGAACCUUACCAGAAACGUGACCAACGGUUCAAUGAGCUAAAAAUCUAUAGACUCCAUAGGCUUAAUUCUUCUCUCAGAGUAGAUUUGAAAAGUCGGCUCAGAAUUUUAUUUCAAAAUUCUAUCAAACUCAUUGAAGAUUUCAAGCUCCCAGUAGCGGAAAGACGUCAUGUAAUCGGGUUCGCAGAUUUGGGAAUCAACAGGAAGAUCGAAUUAGCCAUCAAGUAUGUCAAAGGAUCUGAAUUAAGCUUGAUAUGGGAGCUUUGGAAGGAUGGGAUCAACAGCUUGAGUCGUCAAGUGGCCGUACUAUUACGUCAGAUGGACCCGAUAAGAGCCUUACAUCCAAAGGGCGAAAGUCUCUUGAGUCAACCAGCUAUCAAACUCGGUCGAUCAGUCCUCCCAAUCUUCAAAUUAUCCAGACUUUUUUUCAAGAAAUUAUAUCGAGAAAAUGUCAAGCUGGAAGAAGUAGAAUUAUUCACAGAGAUGUGCUCUCAUCAAUUGUUUUGCUUGCAUUCAUCGAUCGAAGACAUCAUUGAAUCGAUUUCGAUGUUAUCGUUUUCUAUAAGAGAUGCUGAUCGACUUGCCCCUGGCGAUACUUGUCCGGCUAUCAUCCAAGAACUCAACAAACUCAUCGAAUUAUUCCAACCUCAUCUCUCUCUGAUCAACCUCUACGUUCUUCCUAAUAUGUUCCCAAAUCACACAGGUUUGUCUCAUCAAAUUGACUUCCAAAAUUGGGUUGUUACUUGGAACGAUUCCUUUCUUUUAGCUACUCAUAACGCGUUCCAAGCUGUUCAAUCAUUUGCAGAUACUUGAUUCUUUUUGUUGGUUGUUUCAAAUAUAUACAUAUAUAUAUAUUUCUGCAGUUAUUUUGUAAUACUAUGCUCAUCACUGUCCCAAGACUGCAGUAAUUUUCAAGGUGUCUAGUGAGUAAAUUUUGUAUCCUAUCAACAAAAACCUUCCAAACUUGCAAGAUGUAUGGCAAG